AUGUGUAUGGUCGACAGUAAGGAGAAUUACAAAUUUGAUGUGGGAGUUAAAGGGUUAAGUGCAGUCACGCGGCCGCCCUUUUCAUUCACGAGACCACCCUCUGAGCCGUACAGACGUGGAAUGUCGUUGGAAGAAAAGAAAGCCCAACCAAUUGCUUUCAAAUCAGGUGGUCUGUCAAUUAUUUCCUCUGCCCAAGAGUUACUAUGCUUGGUCAAGGAAGCCAACACAUGCCAAUCGAGCUGCACUGUAUGAGGAUCUGAAAAAAGCCUUGAGCCCCCUAAAGUCAGCAUACUAUUGAGGAAAUUCUUUUCCCUGAGGAAUUUCUUUGAGCUAGAGGAAACCAACAACAGCUAGACUGUUUGGUUCACAGAACUAAAUUAGAUGAAGAUGGCAUUGUUGAUCAUGAGACUGGAAGUGAAUUGACCAUACACAGAAAGAAACCUCUCACUUGAAGAGGCUGUUAGGUCAAUAGCACUUUGCCUCGAGAGUAGUGAGAGUGGGCUGGGCUAUGUACUUAAAAAAGACUAUGUCUAUUGGCAUCAAGUACUGGGGGAGAUAUACUUGCAUAGAAACUUCUGUUUUUUGGUUGUAUGGACCACAAAAGAUGUUGCCAUUUUAAAAAUUGAAAAAGAUGAAGCAUGGGCAGCAAAUAUCCCCUGCUUAUGCAAUUUUAUUGUAAUCAUUUAUUUCCAAAAGUUGUGGAAGGGAAAUUGUAAUUUUCUUGCAUGCUUCAAAUAUUUAGGUAACAUUUCUUUUAACAAAGUUCAGACAAAUGACUGAAAAUUAGUUUUGGCCCUUCAUUGAUUUCCAAAUUUUAUAGCUGCUUUCAUUGAGGAUGAUGACAAAGUAUUUAAUAAAUAAAAGAAAGCCACAUGCCAUUGAUUUAACAGGGUAAUUUAGUAACAAUGUAAAUUGGCCACCAUAAAGAGUUUAUAGGCUGAUGUUUGGAGGGUUAGCCCCUCAUCAAUCACUCUGACAAAGGGCUAACACUUGAAACAUCAGCCUUUAGAUUCUUAACAGUGGCCAAUUGGCAACACUAAAUUACCCUGUUAUACUCUCCCACUGAUGCAGCACCACAGUUUCUUUAUUCAUUUGCUAUUGAUUUAGUUAUGUUGAAAGGAAACAGUCUUAUCUGGAGGAUUUUUUGCCUCCUUAUCCUAACCCUACGUAGUGUAUGGGGAAGUAGUUGUGGUGGAAGUAUAAAUGUGUUUCAAUGCCAGAUAUUCUUAACUUGAAAUUUAUCAUCAAUGUUAUUUUUGACCUUAAUGGGUAAUAUCACAUUCAGUAAUAUAAAAUGAACCAAACUAUUCAAAAACCUUAUCUUCACACCUUUCCAUGACUAAUGGAAAUUCAAUUCUUCAUUCAAAACUUAACAAGAGCAGCACUCAGCUUCAACAGAAUAUCAGAGUAACAACAAAGGUAGGAGGGGAUGAAGGUUAAGAUUAUGAAGUCUUUUAGCCAUGCACAUGCUCUUUCUAUAUGUAUGUGGCACCUCGCCAUUCCCUUUGUAGCUUUGGCCUCACUCUCUGUGAAAGCCCCUUUGUUUAGAAAAGGUGGGAUGUUAACUGAAACUCCAUGGGGCACAAUGUCCUGAAUAAGAAACCCUUUGUCCACUAGAAUCAUAUCCCCAGGAGUUAAGUGAUUGAGGAGGCCUGACUCCUGUAUAAUGGCUUUAUUGGUGAAUGAAACAUGUAUAACUUGCUUACAUGGGUUAUUUCAGCAUUGGGUGCAACACCAAUAAUGACUUUGAAUGAAUUCAUUCCUCUGUAAGAAGAGUGUGUUGCACUUUGCUGACUCAUCAGCACAGGUGCUGCAAACUCGAUAUCAGUGCAGUCUAUCACUAUAUGACAAGAUCCAAAUUGACAGAAAGAGGAUAGUGCAGCUAGGUUGUUUCUUGUGUGGGAAUAGAUGUCAUUAUGUCAUGAAAGAAAAUGCUAUGCAAUACAUGAAUGAAAGUUGUGAUGAUGUGGCGAAUUGUAGCAACACUACAAUUAAACAGUUGAACCAAGUGAUGGUUUGUGUCGUUUUUCCUGACCUUCAUUAGGGCAAUAAAUAUCUGGUCCUCAAAAGUGACUGAUUUAACCUUCCAGCCCCUGAAAUAAUCGAUGGAAUCUUUAAAGUUAGAGGCAUGUCUUACAACAAUUUUGAAGACUUCCUUUGUUGGAAGGCCAGUUUCCAUUCUAAUACCAUUUUCAGGCAGUUCUGAUACAGUGUAACACUUGCUCUUAUAUUUGACUCGUUCCUGGAGAUCCUGAACAUUUCUUUUGGCUAAGUCCAGUUCUGCGUCCAGGAUAACCCCCUGUGAUGUUUUUUUCCUUAUUUACUUUUCCCUUUUGGGAGAGAUACUGGCUAACUUCUUCGAGCAUCUUCCACUAACUCAGCACUAGUCUUCUCCUAAAGCAUUUCUUCCUUUUCUUCUUAGGAGAUCCCCUUUGCUCGGAAAAUAAUAUUAUUUGUCUUUGUUUCGUUCAAAGAUCUCUGA